UUCCCAUUUGGCCGGCGCUUGCCUUGUGAUAUCUACUGGCACGGAGUUUCAUUUCACGACAAUGACAUAUUCUCCGGUCAAGUGAACAAGUUUCCAGGUUCGAAUGGUGAAAGAUGAUGACCCCUCCUGGAAGCCCACUUUUAUCGUGAAACCUGAUGGUGGUUGUCAGGGUGACGGAAUCUACCUCAUUAAAGACCCCAGUGACAUCCGCCUGGCAGGGACCCUCCAGAGCAGGCCGGCGGUGGUCCAGGAGUACAUCUGCAAACCUCUCCUUAUCGACAAGCUCAAGUUUGAUAUUCGUCUGUAUGUCUUACUCAAGUCCUUAGACCCCUUAGAGAUUUAUAUAGCCAAAGACGGACUCUCUAGGUUUUGUACCGAGCCAUAUCAGGAGCCCACCUCCAAAAACCUGCACCACAUCUUUAUGCACUUAACCAACUAUUCACUGAACAUCCACAGUGGCAACUUCGUCCAUUCGGACAGUGCUAGCACCGGCAGCAAAAGGACUUUUUCCAGCAUCCUUUGUAGACUGUCUUCCAAAGGUGUUGACAUCAAGAAGGUCUGGUCUGACAUCAUCUCCCUGGUGAUUAAGACGGUCAUCGCGCUGACUCCAGAGCUCAAAGUCUUCUACCAGUCAGACAUCCCCACGGGGCGGCCGGGCCCCACGUGCUUCCAGAUUUUAGGCUUUGACAUUCUUCUAAUGAAAAAUCUGAAGCCUAUACUACUUGAAGUAAAUGCAAAUCCCAGUAUGAGAAUCGAACAUGAGCAUGAACUUUCUCCAGGGGUGUUUGAAAAUGUCCCCAGCCUCGUUGAUGAAGAAGUGAAAGUGGCUGUGAUCAGAGACACUCUGCGCCUCAUGGACCCACUUAAGAAGAAAAGGGAGAACCAGUCUCAGCAGCUUGAAAAACCAUUCGCUGGAAAGGAAGAUGCUUUGGACGGCGAGCUGACCAGUGCUCCAGACUGCAACACCAACCCCGAAGCCCACCUGCCUUCCAUUUGCCUCAAGCAGGUGUUCCCCAAGUAUGCAAAGCAGUUCAACUACCUGCGCCUGGUGGACAGGAUGGCAAAUUUGUUUAUCCGGUUCCUGGGCAUCAAGGGGACAAUGAAGUUGGGGCCAACAGGCUUUCGUACCUUCAUAAGGAACUGCAAACUCAGCAGCAGCAGCCUGUCCAUGGCCGCUGUGGACAUCCUCUACAUUGACAUCACACGGAGGUGGAACUCCAUGACCCUGGAUCAGCGGGACUCAGGGAUGUGUCUGCAGGCCUUCGUAGAAGCUUUCUUUGUCCUGGCUCAGAGGAAGUUCAAGAUGCUGCCACUUCAUGAGCAGGUGGCCUCGCUGAUCGACCUUUGCGAGUACCACCUGUCCCUGCUGGAUGAAAAGCGCCUGGUGUGUGGCCGAGGCGUCCCGUCGGGGGGCCGGCCCCCGCACCGUGCCACUCCCCAGGAGCCCUCCCCAUCGGCCCAACCAGCAGGGGACAACCCCCCACCCCGCACCAGCUGCGCCAAUAAGCUCUCCCUUCCCCGACAUACCCUGUCCUGAGGGCCACUCUGUCCUCCCGAAGACGGAAGACCAGAGCGGCUUUCAGGGCUGGAGAGCCCCAGGCAUUCUGCCUGCAGAGGAAUGGCAGGCAGGCUGCCGAGGGGCCCGGCUGAGGUCCCCACGAACUGUCUCUGUGUGCGUCUGAGCUGUGCUUCACCAGGCUGGCUGGUUCUCACCUGCCUUCCUCCUCACACCUCCUGGUGAUACACCCUGUUUUCGAGUCAUCAGUGGACAUGUGACAUCUAAAACAUGACAGAUGGCACCUUCUAUUCUGGGCUCACAGGAAGCACCAACUGGGGCAAAUCUGUUGUGUUUAGGGCACAGGACACAGUCGGUCCUAAGGCCCGGAGCUGUGGAGAGGAAGCCGAGUGUUUGGAUCUGCUGCCGGGGCCUCCGCGUGCCCACCGGGAAAAGCCCGAGAACGUCGUGUUUAUUUCCUGCGUCCCGUUCCGAGAGAAGGAAGUGGAAAUAUCAAGUAGGCGUCUGCGAAUCUCCCAUCCCAGGCAUGUGCUACAUGGGUGUAGUGAACAGAUUAACCUCAUUUAGUUCAUUAGCUUUGCCUGUUGCUGCAAUGUUUGGUUUGUUAUUAAUUAAGAAAUAAUUAAUUAAGAAGUAACUAAGACUCCUGGAGCCUCAGAGCUGGCAGGAGCCUCGGAG